AUGUCGCCGACCGACGACACAUCCCCUCCCAAGUCUGACUCGGACUAUGUCGAAGAGAAGGACGUAGGCAUCUCGGUAGACCCUACAAGAUUUCUCUCCGAGUCUCACAAAUCUUACCUGAUCGAGCGUCAUGGCAAACUGGAUCUCGAUCCGAUUCCGAGUAUGGACCCGGCGGAUCCAUACAACUGGCCAAGUUGGAAGAAAAUCGCCAACCUCAGCCUCGUCGCCUUCCACGCCUGCAUGGGAACAUUCACCGCCGCAGCUAUCAUCUGCGCCUACGAAAACAUCGCCCUAGAUCUAGGAGUCUCCAUCCAACGCGUCAGCUAUCUCACAUCCCUCCAAAUCGCCAUCCUAGGCGGCGCCCCUCUAUUCUGGAAACCCCUCUCUCACCGAUUCGGCCGACGACCUAUUUUCCUGAUUUCACUCCUCUUGAGCUGCGUGUGCAACGUUGGCUGUGCUAAGAGUACGGAUUACGCCACUAUGGCGGCUUGUCGGGCCCUAGUCGCGUUUUUCAUCUCGCCCGCUAUGGCUAUUGGGAGUGGUGUGGUUACUGAGACUUUCUUCCGUCAUGAGCGUGCGAGGUAUAUGGGUAUUUGGACCGUGAUGGUUACGCUGGGUGUUCCUGUUGGGCCGUUUAUUUUUGGAUUCGUUGCUCAGCGGGUUGGAUAUCGGUGGAUUUACUGGAUUUUGGCAAUCACCAAUGCCGUCGAAUUCAUUCUGUAUAUCUUCUUCGGGCCAGAAACACGCUAUAUCGGCGCCGAUGUCCAAACCAAAUCUUCCGCCUUCAAGCGUGAAUACCUUUCCCUCCGCCGAAUCGACCCAACCCCAAUCAAGGUAUCGGAAUUCUACCACCCAAUGACACUCUUCACAAACAUCCCAGUCCUUCUGGCCGCAAUCGCAUACUCCAUGGUUUUCCUCUUCGCCUCCGUCCUCAACUCAGUUGAGGUUCCACAGCUACUACAAAGCAAAUUCGAACUUACCGCCCAGGGUCUUGGUCUCCAAUUCCUUGGUCUGAUUAUCGGUUCCCUGCUCGGCGAGCAAUUGGGCGGUGUAAUGUCUGAUAUGUGGAUGAAUGCGCGGGCGAAGAAGAUCGGUCGCAAGCCGGACCCGGAGUACCGAUUGUGGUUGAGUUAUAUCGGCUUCUUGUUGGCUAUUGCGGGUAUGGCUGUGUUUUUGGUAUGCACUGAGCAGGCGACGCAGGGUCAGUGGUCUGUUAAGCCUGUUGUGGGCACUGGUAUUGCUGCGUUCGGCAAUCAGGUCGUUACAACUGUUUUGACGACUUAUGCCGUUGAUACGUAUCCCCAGGAUGCGGGUAGCGUGGGUGUUUUUAUUAACUUUGUUCGGUCGACUUGGGGCUUUAUUGGUCCUUUCUGGUUUACUUCCAUGUUCGAGAGUGUUGGUAUUGCGGCUAGUGCUGGUGUGGCGGCUGCAUUGAUCAUGGGUGCUAGCUUUUUGCCAACUGUCUACCUCCAAUGGCAGGGGAAGAGAUGGCAUGCCAAUACAGAUGAACUAUAA